AUGUCACAAUAUAGAGCCAAUCAAAGAUUACAACAGUUAUCUAAUAUAUUACGUCCUAAUCAGCUUAGUGCUGAAAAAUCGUUAAAGCCAGAAAGUCCAUUCAAGGUUGCUGUGAUUGGAUCUGGUAAUUGGGGUACUACAAUUGCUAAGGUUUUAGCAGAAAACACCGCUGAAAAAUCAGACAUUUUCGCUAAGCAGGUUGAUAUGUGGGUUUUCCAAGAGAAGAUUGAUGGUACUAACUUGACUGAUAUCAUUAACACUAAGCACGAAAAUGUGAAAUAUUUGCCAGGAGUUACUUUACCAGAAAACUUGCAUGCGGAACCAGAUAUUGUCAAGGCUGCCCGCGGGGCUGAUUUAUUG